AUGGCCAUGUGGUCUCAGCCCACCCCUGCUACUAGCCUUCCCGCUGUGGAGGCCUGGAGGAUAUUGCCGUCUAGCCCAAGUGUUGCCUCGACGUCUGGCGACUCGAACGGCUCUCUUUGGGUGACGAUGGGCAUGAGCGAGGUGCAAAUCCCAUCCCCGACGCCCGCCUACAGCGCCCCGUUCUCGGCUCCCGGUCUGUACUACAGCUCCCCGACCGUGACGGCCGGCAUCUCCGCCGCGUUACCGCUACCUAGCAUGUUGGCGCCGGCGCAAUGCGGAGUCCACACGGGCUACGGCAACUUUGGUUGGGAUCGCUACCAGGAGUACACGUCGAUAAUGUGA